UUUUAAUUUUAAUUUUUCAUGCUUCUGUCUGUCUCUCUCUACAUUUUUGGGAAAAGCAAGACUUUGGUUAGCUCUUAGCUGUACAGAAAAAGAAAAAAAAAGCUCUCUCCUUCCUUUAUAGUUACCGACUCUCUUCAAAGAUCUGUUCUAAUCUCUCUCUCUCUCUUUUUUUUUUUUUCCUCUGCAACUUCUAAUUCUUUCAUUUAUCUAGAUUAAACCCCGCAAGCAAACACUGUCUUAGCCCUGGAUCUCUCUUUAUAUUAAAGCUUUAAAGCAAAGUCCAUAUCUAAAUUCAGGGCAGUAGCAAAUGGCGAAUCGAGUGAAAGAAGAUGAAAGAAAUGAACGAAUAAUUCGAGGACUUUUGAAGCUACCUGAGAAUCGUAGAUGCAUUAAUUGUAAUAGUCUGGGACCACAAUAUGUUUGCACAAAUUUCUGGACAUUUGUUUGCACUACCUGUAGUGGAAUACAUCGGGAAUUCACGCACAGAGUUAAAUCAGUAUCAAUGGCUAAAUUUACUUCACAAGAAGUUACUGCCCUUCAAGAAGGAGGAAACAAACGUGCGAGAGACAUUUAUCUUAAAGAAUGGGAUCCACAGCGUCAGUCUGCUCCUGAUGUCAGUAAUGUUGAUAGACUUCGGGACUUUAUUAAGCAUGUUUAUGUGGAUCGAAGAUACACUGGUGAUAGGAACUCCGGAAAGCCUCCUAGUGUGAAGUUGGGUGACAAAGAGGACUCGUACCAUGGAGGGUCUCGAAGUCCACCAUAUGAGGAUUCAUAUGAACGCCGUUACAGUGAAAUGUCUAGUCCUGGUGGAAGAAGUGAUGACAGAAAUUCCAGAUAUGGUUAUGAUGAAAGGAGGAGCCCUGGAUAUGAUCAAGAAAGUCGACAGUAUAAUGAUUACAGGAGAAGUCCUGAGGUAGUCAAUGAUUGGCGCCGGGAAGAUAGAUUUGGAAAUGGAAAGAGAGCUGAUGACCGUAGAGUAUCUGAUGGCGAAUCAAAGCUGGAAAGCAGGUCACCUGAACGGCCGAAAGAUCCAGAAGCUUCUAGUCCCCCUGUUGUACGACCCGUAAGAGAAAUCUUAGGGGAUAAUAUAGUGCCUCUUCGUAUAAGUGAACCUCCCAAAGCUAAUUUAAGAGCUGCUGAUGGCUCUUCACAGACACAGAGAACUGCCUCUUCUAGUAGCUUGGGAUCUGCCAACGGGAAUCCAACAGAAGUUAAAUUGGAGAAUACUGUAAGCUUAAUUGAUUUUGAUGCCGAUCCAGAACCACCUGUUACUACCGCAGUGCGUCAAGCACAACAAACACCUGCCUCUCAAUCGAUUGCACAACCAGCAACUACAACUAAUGAUAACAAUUGGGCUUCAUUUGAUUUUGCCCCUGAAAUUAAGGUGUCUCAAGUUGCUUCAACUGCCAAUCCCCUGGAAUCUGUUCUCUCGCAAUUAUCAGUGCCAGCCUCUGCACCUGGUCAGAUAUCUGGAAUGCCAAGUGGUUCUGGUGCUCCAUUAGCAGCCAAUGCAGCAAAUUUGACAAUCACCGGUGCCUCACCUGUUUUGUCAACAGGAAAUGCACCUGUGUUGCCGCCCAAUGGCAGUGCAUCUGCAGUGACACCGGUUAAUAGCUUGUCAGCAUUUAUUCCCGUUGGCAUUUCAUCAGCUUCUCCUGGAUUGGCACCUCAAAUACCUGUCAGUGGUGGUAACUCCUUUGUCAAAGUUAAUGAAGCUGGGCAAUGGCCUAAUGUGCAGCAUUCCCAACCUUUUCUGUUUCCUGUUUCCAGUGGUCAGUCUACCACUCAACAAUUUACACCACCAUUCAAUGGAGCAUCAGGCAAUCAGCCAUGGAAUUUGUCAGCGGCCCCUAAUGUGCAGACAUCUUUGAGUACAUCAUCUAUGGGAGCCACUCAGGUGGUAUCUACACCUGGUGUAUCACAGCCUCCAGUCAUGGAAAUAAAAUCAAGCGGAAGACAAGAACUGCCUGCGGAUCUUUUUACCGCAACUUAUUCAUCUUUCCCUGCACCAGUUCCUGGGUGGCAAACUACUCCACCCCAUGGUGUGGGAUUUGCUAUGCAAUAUAUUAAUGCUGCAGCACCCAUGCCAACUUCUAUUCAGCCAUCCAAGUCAAUGAAUCCAUUUGAUCUUAAUGAGCCGUCUACAGUGCAAGCCCAAACUUUCCCUUCCAUGGCAUCCUUGCAAAGUGCUCUCCCAAAUAUGCCAACAUCUUCAGGCCUACAGCGUACCUCCAGUCUUGGUGCUCCAUCAGCAGCAUGGAUGCCAUCCCACUCAUUACCUUAUCCAUCAGCGUUGCCUCCGCAGGCACUAUCUUAUGCAUCAGCUGUGCCUCCAAUUUCAGGGGUAUACAUGGCACAGCAAGUAUCAAAUAACAUGCCACUUUCUGGGCACCAAGGAGCUGGAGGCUUCGGUGCUGAUGGAGCUGCUUUUGGUGCUAUGAAUACGAAUCAACAGCUAGCUGGUAGAUUCCCAGCCCCUGCAGCCCCUUCGCCUUUCUCUUCUGUUGGAGGGAACCCUUUUGGAUGAACUUGAACUAGAGUAAAAGUGUCCUCAUUUUAGCGGAAGCAUCAACUUGUUGCUUCAUCCAGAUAGCUGGGUGGAAAUUUUUGGUUUCUAUUCUUCUGCUUGAAUCAUCCAGCCAAAUUACUGCAUGCCCCAUUUUUAUCAAGUUGAAGGGUAAAUGUCCAUAUCAACCCUGAAAAUUAUUCGGAGAGAGAGAGUGAGUAUAAUUUAAGAGAGUAGACACCUCCAUGGGGAUUUAGGUUUUAUCUUUUUAUGUGCCUAUGAUAUCUAUUGGCAUUAUUGUAUUGUUCUUGGGUGAUCUUUGCGCUGUCUGUCACCCGUAGAACCUGUAUCAUUUUUGUGUGUUGCCUGCUGCUCUUAGAAGUCAUAAUUCUUUUUCCUUCUUCUUUUCAUGUAUGAUUCUGAAUAUUCAUGUUUCGGCGAGGUGUUCAAGUCUGUGAAAAGCUAGUGGAACAAUUCUUACCAGGGAUAACAGUUUGUAUGCAUAUAUUGUUGAAUAUUAAGAUGAUUUUUCGGUGA